GAGAGAGAGAGAGAGAGAGAGAGAGAAGGAGACAGGCAGCGGAGGAAAGACAACAGCUCAACACUGCUGCUGUGAAAGGAAGAGGAGAAACGGAGCUCCAGUGCCGCAUACCACGAGCGGCCGUCCAGCCAGGGCCCCGAUCAGGCAAAGCCAGCGUCCGGCGAUGGAGCGGGCCGGCCCUGAGCACUCAGGAGCAGGGUGCCAGACGCCGAGGGCCCCCAGCGAGGAGCCAGGCGAACGCAAGAUGUAACAUUUGUGCAACAGCCAAAGCCACAAGGAAGAUUGAGAAAGAGGAUUGCCACCCCGGAAGAACGGAUAUAUUCAAACAGGCGGCAGGCGGAAUGGAGCCGCAAACUAAGCAGGAGAGCGGCAUCGGCGUGUGAAAUGAGUCCUUUUCGAAGAAGAGCUCCACAUGUUUACUGACUGUUUACUGACUCGUCAGUGAAGUGAAGACACUUCUGCACCUGCAAUCAAGGUGUCCUCUGGAAAAGGGGAGGGUCAUGACCCAGUUGCCAUGCUCAUCGCCACGGUGACCGGCGUCCCCAGCCCAUCCCCCCUCCUCCUCCUCCUGUUGGGCCAGCUGCUGCUGCAGCUCCUCCUCCCUGGCUCAGCCUCUGUAGGGGCUGCCUCAACGUGCCCUGCCCCCUGUAGCUGCUCCAAUCAAGCAAGUCGAGUGAUUUGCACUCGGCGGAGCUUGGAGGAGGUGCCUGACAGCAUCUCGGUGAACACGCGAUACCUCAACCUGCAGGAGAACUCCAUACAGGUGAUCAAGUCAGACACCUUCAAGCAUCUGACACACCUCGAGAUUCUGCAACUCUCCAAGAACCAGAUCCGUCAGAUCGAGGUUGGCGCGUUCAACGGGCUGCCCAACCUCAACACGUUGGAGCUCUUUGACAACCGACUCACCCUGGUCCCGUCGCAGGCCUUUGAGUACCUCAGCAAGCUGCGGGAGCUGUGGCUACGCAACAACCCCAUCGAGACUCUACCUGGCUACGCCUUCCACCGCGUGCCCUCCCUGCGGCGCCUUGACCUGGGCGAACUCAAGAAGCUUGACUACAUCUCUGACGCCGCCUUCGUUGGCCUCGUAAACCUGCGCUACCUGAACCUGGGCAUGUGUGGCCUCAAGGACAUCCCAAACCUCACGCCGCUGCUCCGACUGGAGGAGCUCGAGCUCUCCGGCAACCGGCUGGAGAUAAUUCGGCCUGGCUCCUUCCAGGGCCUAGUGUCGCUGCGCAAGCUCUGGCUCAUGCACUCGCAGGUGUCUGUCAUCGAGCGCAACGCCUUUGAUGACCUCAAGAACCUGGAGGAACUCAACCUGUCCCACAACUCGCUGCACUCGCUCCCGCAUGACCUGUUCACGCCACUGCACCAGCUAGAGCGAGCGCACCUUAACCACAACCCCUGGGUUUGCAACUGCGAUGUGCUCUGGCUCAGCUGGUGGCUCAAGGAGACGGUGCCCAGCAACACGACGUGCUGUGCCCGCUGCCACGCGCCCCCCGUGCUCAAAGGCCGGUACAUAGGAGAGCUGGACCAGAGCCACUUCACGUGCUAUGCCCCGGUCAUUGUGGAGCCCCCCACCGACCUGAACGUCACCGAGGGAAUGGCAGCUGAGCUGAAGUGCCGGACAGGAACCUCCAUGACUUCGGUCAACUGGAUAACACCCAACGGCACCCUUAUGACCCACGGCUCCUACAGGGUUCGCAUUUCAGUCCUGCACGACGGCACGCUGAACUUCACCAACGUCACUCUCCGGGACACAGGCCAGUAUACGUGCAUGGUGACCAAUGCCGCGGGCAACACCACGGCGACCGCCGUCCUCAACGUUACGGCGGCCGACGUCAGCAUUAACUACACCUACUUCACUACGGUUACUGUGGAAACUGUCGAGACGAACGGAGAGGAGAACUCAGCGCGGCAGGAGAUCAACGAGACGAUCAUCAGGAUUCCGGGCUCCACGGCUUCAGGGGACAUUUGGGGUGCUGGGACCACCCUGGCGACCACAUCCUCUUCUAUCUCUGCUUCCUGGUCCUCCUCUUCUCCUCGAGCUACCAAGUCCAUGGAGAAGGCCUUCACGGUACCCAUAACUGACAUCACCAACAUGUCAGGCCUCGACGAUGUGAUGAAAACCACCAAGAUCAUCAUCGGUUGCUUCGUGGCCAUCACCUUCAUGGCGGCCGUCAUGCUCGUUGUCUUCUACAAGCUCCGCAAGCAGCAUCAGCUCCACAAGCACCAUGGACCAGCGCGAGCCAUUGAGAUCAUAAAUGUGGAAGACGAGAUUGGUGGUGGCGGAGCCAGUGGCACCACUGGACGGGGUGGCGGCAUCUCAGGGGGGACGGUCCAUUCGGUAGGGGGAGGAGGCUCAGCCAUGGGGCAGAGUCUCCGGCUCUCUCACCACCCAGAAAUGGUGAAUCUGCCCAACCUGGCGAGAGCCGACCAUCUGAACCACUACUACAAGGCACACCAUUUCAACAACAACAUGAUGGCUGUGGGUCUGGGGGCUGGCUCGGUAGGAGGGGGGGGGCUCAACAACAACAACAACCCUUCCCCCCCACCCAUCUCCUGCACCCAGGUGCCCAUGGCAUCGUCCGGCGUGCAAAGCCCUUCUGGAAACAGCCCUGGCUCGGCGGCGGCCCCUCUGCCCCUGCCCCUACCCCCGCUUGGUCUGCAUGGUUCCCUCAAGGGCAUCAUAGGAAAGAGUCAGAAGGCCCAGAUCGAGCCGCUGCUCUUCAAGAGCGGCUCCAAGGAGAAUGUCCAGGAGACACAGAUCUGAGACGUGGAUGCAACGGGAGGCCGUGGGGAGUCGACUCGCUGCUGCAGUGUACACACACAUAUGGAGGCACGGAGGAACCGGCCCGUUGCGAGGGACAUGCCACCCCGAACUGUGCCGUCCGCAAGCAACAAGGCCCGCCAGCACAUGCACGUGCGCACACACGCGUACACGUACACACACGCGCACACGGACACGCGCUCACAUUCACGCACACACGCACACACGCACACACACACACACACACACACACACACUCUCACGCUCUCUGGACAAUGUGGUGCGCUGAGCACUUACUCAUCCUCCAUUAAGGUGUCCGUCUCCUGCAGCCCUAUUGAGGAGGGAGCACAGCGCUUGCUGAGCGUGUCUGUUGGGGUCCCAGGUGACAGGGCCCUUGGGACACACAUGUGGACAGCAAGGACAGACUUGGGAAGUAUGACAGGAACUGGAAAUACACACAGUAUAUAUUU